GUUCUUCAGAUUUAAAGCCACUUUUAGCUCCACUUGAGACCACGUGUAAGGUUUCACCCCCACCCGGUGAUUGACAGCUACGCCGUCUAAUGAGAGGCGGAAUUCUCCACUGGUCAAUGUUGCAGUGGACCAAUCAGAAGCCGGAAGAGGUGGAGCUGGCCCACGUGGGCGUGUCUUCAGCAGCUCGAGCCACUUUAGAAAAGUUUUGGAAAAGUGUGGCGGUGAUUCCCCACCAAAGCUCCUCGUCCUGGUCCCAGUCCCGGUCCCGGUCUCGGUUCCGGCCUUGGUCCGGUUCCUAGGUUCGUCAUGCAGAAUCGCCAUGUCGUGCGCCUUCUGCUCCUCGCGCUGCUCCUCGUCGAAGUCGCCGCCCAGUCUGACGUGGACGCGGAUGAGGUGGUUCCGAUGCUGCUGCCCCUCCACCAACCUGCUGACCCGGACCACCUGAUGGUGUCGCUGCCAGCGUUCGGAAGGGAACUCCGGCUGAACGUGACCCGGGACGGCGGCCUGGUGUCGGCCCCCCUGCUGGUGGAGGACAGGCGAGGGGGGCGGAGUCCGGCGCUCAGCCGACUGGACCGGGACCAGCUCUGCCUUUACUCCGGUUCCGUGCAAGACCACCCUGAAUCUCUGGUGUCACUCAGCACCUGUGGAGGCCUGACAGGUCUGAUCCACAUGGGGGAGGACGUUCUCUUCAUCCGUCCUCUGGGGGUCCGUAAGGGUCCAUCGGAGUCUUUCUCGGGUCUCAAACACCAGCUGAUGCGACGGCGCCGCUCGGCCCAGGAUGCUCAGAGGUCCGAACGCUGCGGCACAGCCCCGGGGAAGAGGAGGUCAAAGGGUGGCCAGGAAGGUCGUGGGAAGAGGAACAUCAUCAGGCUGCAGGAAGCGUACACCGUAGAGACGCUGGUGGUGGCCGACGCCGACAUGGUCCGCUACCACGGCGCCGAGGCCGCCCAGAGGUUCCUGUUGACCGUCAUGAACAUGGUGUACAACAUGUUCCAGCACCAGAGUCUGGGUGUCAGGAUCAACAUCCGGGUCACCAAGCUCGUUCUGCUUCACAGCCGCCCCGAGAAGCUGAAGGUGGGCCACCAUGGAGAGCGUUCCCUGGAGAGCUUCUGCCACUGGCAGCAUCAGGAGUUUGGAGGUCCACGCUACCUGGGAACCAACCACCUUCCGGCUGAUGACGUCCCCCCUGUGGACACGGCAGUGCUGGUCACCAGGACAGACUUCUGCGUCCACAAGGAGGAGCCGUGCGACACUGUGGGUAUCGCCUACCUGGGCGGAGCUUGCAGCGCCAAGAGGAAGUGUGUGUUGGCCGAGGACAACGGACUCAACCUGGCCUUCACCAUCGCUCACGAGCUGGGACACAACAUGGGGAUGAGCCACGAUGAUGACCACGCCCCUUGCACCGGCCACGCCUACAUCAUGUCUGGCGAAUGGGUGAAGGGGAGGAACCCCAGCGACCUCUCGUGGUCGUCCUGCAGCCGCGAUGACCUGGAGACCUUCCUCAGGUCCAAAUCUAGCGCAUGUCUGCUGCACACGGACCCCAGGGGGCGCUACCAGGUCCGCCUGCCCCCCAAGCUUCCCGGGAUGCACUACAGUGUGGACGAACAGUGCCAGAUCCUCUUUGGAACCAACGCCACCUUCUGCUCCGACAUGGAGCAUCUGAUGUGCGCUGGCCUGUGGUGUCUGGUGGAGGGGGACACGUCCUGUAAGACUAAACUGGACCCUCCCUUGGACGGAACUGAGUGUGGACCUGACAAGUGGUGCAGGGCGGGGGAGUGUGUGAGUAAGACCCCCAUCCCUCAGCACGUGGAUGGCGACUGGAGUCCAUGGAGCCAGUGGAGCAUGUGCAGUCGGACCUGUGCUACCGGAGUCCGCUUCAGACAGAGGAAGUGUGACAACCCUCCGCCGGGUCCAGGAGGUCAGCCGUGUCAGAAGGCCAGCGUGGAGCACAAAGCCUGUGAGGGUCCUCCCUGCCCCAAGGGGGCACCGAGCUUCAGAGACCUGCAGUGUUUGUCGUAUGACCGCCAUGCUAGCAAAAAGAAGAGCGCCAUGCUGACGGCCAUCAUCAACGAUGAGAAGCCGUGCAUGUUGUUCUGCAGUCCAGUGGGCCGGGAUGUUCCCAUUCUGAUGAGCGACAGAGUGAUGGACGGGACGGCGUGCGGACCCUACGAGGCCGACCUGUGUGUCAAUGGCAGGUGUCAGAAAAUCGGCUGUGACGGCAUCAUCGGGUCUUUGGCCAAAGAGGACCGCUGCGGCGUUUGUAACGGCGAUGGACGCUCGUGCACCAUCGUGAGAGGAGACUUCAACCAUACACAAGGAAUGGGCUACGUGGAGGCGGUGAUUAUACCUGCUGGAGCACGAAGGAUCAAAGUUGUGGAGGACAAACCUUCCCACAGCUUUCUGGCCCUGAGGGACGCCAGCAAGAAGUCCAUCAACAGCGACUGGAAGAUUGAACUCCCAGGAGAGUUUGAGCUGGCCGGGACCACCGUGCGCUACGUCAGGAGGGGAUUGUGGGAGAAGAUGUCCGCCAAGGGACCCACCAACACCCCCCUCCACCUCAUGGUGCUGCUCUUCCAUGACCACAGUUAUGGAAUUCACUAUGAGUACACAGUGUCCCUGAACACAUCACAGGAUAAGAGCAGUGAGGACAACAAGGAACCAGAACAUCUUUACAUCUGGACACACAGCAGCUGGAACGCCUGUACAGUGCACUGUGGAGGAGGGGAGAGGAGGACGGUGGUGUCCUGCAUGAGGAUGGCUAACAAGUCCAUGGAGGUGGUCAAUGAUUCCUACUGUCAGCCUGAGAACCGACCUCCGCCUCAAGUCAGAACCUGCAACUCUCAGCCCUGCCAGUACAGGUGGGUGGCGGGUGAGUGGGGGUCCUGCUCCGUCACGUGUGGUACGGGCAUCCAGCACCGUGAGGUUCUUUGUGUGCACCAGCAGCAGAACGGUUCUCUGACCCGGACCGCCGAGGUCCACUGCCAAGGGGGGCGUCCGCCCCUCCUGCAGGGCUGCGAGGGCCGCCUCUGCCUCAGCGUGUGGGAGGCGUCCGAGUGGUCUCAGUGCUCGUCAGGAUGCGGACCGGGCGUACGCACACGCACCGUGACGUGUACCAACCCGAGGGGCCGCUGCGACCCCCUGUCCCAGCCCACCCAGGAGGAGGCCUGUGAGGACCACUCCAAGUGCUACGAGUGGAAGACUGGCGACUGGUCCAAGUGCUCGUCCAGCUGUGGGAGGGGCCUGCAGUCCCGGGUGGUCCAGUGUAUGCACAAAGUGACGGGUCGCCAUGGUAACGAAUGCCCCGUGCCGCUGAGGCCGCCCACCUACCGACCGUGUGACCAGGGAGCCUGCAAGCAGAAGAUCAACGUCAACACCAUCACCUCCCCCCGCCUGGCUGCCCUCACCUACAAGUGCACGGGCGACCAGUGGACGGUUUACUGCCGCGUGAUCCGCGAGAAGAACCUGUGCCAAGACAUGCGCUGGUACCAACGCUGCUGCCAGACCUGCAGAGACUUUUACGCCAACAAGACCUCCUCCUGACCCGAGCUCCGCCCUCCCCCAUCACGGGCCACACCUCUCUUCCUCUGUAUUCACUACGGCAAACAGGAAGUGAGCGCCAACGCUUCCCGGCUUUGAUGAAGACUUGAAAAUGUCCAGUAGAUGUUUUGCUGGACACCAAAAAAAGCCAAAGCAGGUGGCGCCGUUGCACACGUUUGAAAGAAGCGUUCAUUAUCGUUGUUGUACUGUAUGCUAGCGCUAACAUUUAUGUCACCAGUGAAAUUAGCUGGACCCGCUCCUCUACCGUCUGAGUGCAGCACGAGGGCAUGCCCCGGUCGCCAUGGUGACGUGUUAGCACUUAUGCUACGUUCACACCGACGCCGAAUCGAUGGCGGAUUAAAUCGGCGAGCAAAGCGGUGGCAAAGCGUAACAAAGCUUAAUGAAAGCGUAAAGACCGUAAUACAGCGUAAGAAAGGUUUGAGCAAUUCGGGACAUUCGGCAAGGGCGCCAAAAAUGUUUUAACUGUUUAAAAAUGUGAGGCAAUCUGUCACGAAUUGCGUAAAGCGGGGAGAGCGUAUUGGAGCGUAUUGGAGCGUAUUGGAGCGUAUUGGAGCGUGUUAGAGCGUAUUGGAGCGUGUUGGAGCGUAUUGGAGCGUAUUGGAGCGUAUCCAAGCGUAUUAGAGCGUAUUAAAGCUUAUCCAAGCGUCACAAAGCUUAUCAAAGUUUUUCUCAAAGCGUAGGAAAGCUUAACAGAGCUUGGUUCAAAGGUCAAUGGAUCUGCUGCAUCUUUAUUAUUCUCUGGACAGAGGCGGGAUGCAGUCGGGAUCUCGACAUUUUCCAUUGCGUAACAGAGCUUAUCAGAGCAUAAACAUAUCUGAGGAGAUGGUGAGAUUUUUGGAAAAAUGACGCCGAAUUUGUCGGCGAUUCAGAGCGCGACAUUCGGCGUCGGUGUGAACGUAGCAUUAGCCAACCCAAGCUGUUAAACGUAGCCAGCUGGACAGGAAGCUGGUGGGAACGCCACCCGGUGGGCACAUGCUGUCUGGCGAGUAUGCACUUUGUUCCUUUUCAAAACAGGAAGUGUGCCAGAAUGAAGCUGCACGUCACGUCACACCAGGCGUGCUUCCUAGUACAGCGGCCAUCUUGCUUCUCUCUUUGGCACAUCCAAUGAAAAGGCAGCAUGGCCUUUACUAAAGGUCAUUUCACUUCGAUGG